CGGAAAGAGGCGGAGCCUAUCUCUCAUCAGGACCAGUCUGACUGCACCUGCAUCCUUAGCUCAGAGCAUCCCUGGAGCAUCUAAGAGGAAAGCGCAGCUAGCAACCAGGGAUCUUACUGCAGGGGCAGUCGGCCAUGCACCUUCCCCUCCCCUGAUCUGGAGGUCUACAGCCGCGGCCUCGGUACUGACCGAGAUUCCCAAAGUUGUCUGACCUCUGCAAGAGUGUUUCUAUCAACAGCCUCUGAUUACAACAUGGCUGAGAUCACAAAUAUCCGCCCCAGCUUUGAUGUGUCACCAGUAGCGGCUGGCCUCAUCGGGGCCUCGGUGCUGGUGGUGUGUGUUUCAGUGACUGUCUUUGUGUGGACGUGCUGCCACCAGCAGGCAGAGAAGAAGCACAAGACCCCGCCAUACAAGUUCAUUCAUAUGCUGAAAGGCAUUAGCAUCUACCCAGAGACCCUCAGCAACAAGAAGAAAAUCAUCAAAGUUCGGAGAGACAGAGACGGCCCUCGGAGGGAAAGUGGACGAGGGAACCUGUUAAUAAACGCGGAGUCUGGCCUGCUGAGCCAUGACAAGGAUCCCAGAGGGCCUAGCCCUGCAUCUUGUAUGGACCAGUUACCCAUCAAAAGAGACUAUGGGGAAGAACUGAGGAGCCCCAUGACAAGCCUGACCCCUGGUGAGAGCAAAGCCACCUCCCCAUCCUCGCCAGAGGAAGACGUGAUGUUAGGCUCUCUUACCUUCUCCGUGGACUACAACUUUCCCAAGAAAGCUCUGGUGGUGACAAUCCAAGAGGCUCACGGGCUGCCAGUGAUGGAUGACCAGACCCAGGGCUCUGAUCCCUACAUCAAAAUGACCAUUCUCCCGGACAAGCGGCAUCGAGUGAAGACCCGAGUGCUUCGCAAGACGCUGGACCCCGUGUUCGAUGAGACCUUCACCUUCUAUGGCAUCCCAUACAGCCAGCUGCAGGACCUGGUGCUGCAUUUCCUGGUGCUCAGCUUUGAUCGAUUCUCUCGGGAUGACGUCAUCGGAGAGGUCAUGGUGCCAUUGGCUGGAGUGGACCCCAGCACAGGCAAGGUUCAGCUGACCAGGGACAUCAUCAAGAGGAACAUUCAGAAGUGCAUUAGCAGAGGGGAACUCCAGGUAUCUCUGUCAUACCAGCCCGUCGCACAGAGAAUGACAGUGGUGGUCCUCAAAGCCAGACACUUGCCGAAGAUGGAUAUCACCGGUCUCUCAGAUCCUUAUGUCAAGGUGAACGUCUACUACGGCAGAAAACGCAUUGCCAAGAAGAAAACCCAUGUAAAGAAGUGCACUUUGAACCCCGUCUUCAAUGAGUCGUUCAUCUAUGACAUCCCCACCGACCUUCUGCCUGAUAUCAGCAUCGAGUUCCUUGUCAUUGACUUCGAUCGCACUACUAAGAAUGAGGUGGUAGGGAGGCUGAUCUUGGGGGCACACAGUGUCACAACCAGUGGUGCAGAACACUGGAGAGAGGUCUGCGAGAGUCCCCGCAAGCCCAUAGCCAAGUGGCACAGUCUGAGCGAGUACUAACCCUGGGGCCAGGUGGGGAGGCACAUGGCGGGGAGAGGUGACAGAGAAGCUGACUCAAAACCUCAUUUUAGUCGUAGAAGAAGAUUUCUUACAGAACAAACCACACGAAGAACCUCACACUCCACACAGCUGCAGAUUGGUUCUUAGCGUGAGGAUUGCUUUCUUCUUUGCAAGGCACUAGACGAUCUUUUGUUUUUAAAAAAUGAGGGGGGAAGAGAAGGAAAGACCCCAAGUCUAUAUAUAACAAUGUAACCUUAUACUUGCAUGUCUAAUACAAACAAGAAAUUAGCCUAACCAAUAUCAAGUUGCAGAUUUUAAUCCAUGAAAAUUGUGUUUUGUGCCGAAUUGUAUUUGCUGAUCCCCUGAAAUUGGCCUCUCUUUAUCAGGCUUCUCUGGGUUAUUCCAGUCCCCCAUCACUUCAGGAGAAAAGUCUGCCCUUGUAAAGCCCCGCGUUCCCGUCAUCCAGUCCUUUUUUCUGUCACCUCUCACAUCUCUGCUCUUUGGCUGAGUUCCAAAUCCUGAGGUCUGUAGUAAGCAAAGAAAAGAGUUGGGUUCCAGGAGAAAGAGUAAUUGAGAAUGGGGUGUGUGCUGUAAAAGGCUAGCAGGCAGCCAGUGACUAGAGAUAGCCCUGAGAGCACAGGAGAGGUGGGGCUGGACUUAGGACUCACUAGCUGAUUUCUCUAGUUGCUAUGGAGAUAUCACCUAGGGAGGGACCUGUGAGCACAGCAUAUCCUGAAUGCGACUUGCAGGUCAGGGGACAGGGGAGGAAAUAAGAUGCCCACGUGGCCCUCUGUGGUAGGCUCUUCAUCGGUGGUCAGCAGUGCUAGGUUUGAAAGGUUACACUGGCUUUUACUUUUCCAGAGCUGCUUCUGACACUCUGGUAUCUCCACAUUAUGUAGCUGCCAACACAGGUUGCUUUCUGUUUCUUAAGGAAAUGGGCCCCAGAAAGGACUCUUUUUCCCUGAGGUUUACAGUAAUAGCUCUUAAGAAAGCCACGUGGGGCUGAGUAGUAAGAUCAUGUGAAUGCCUUCAGAGCCCCACUCUCCUCAGCAGAAGCGCACGGCUGGAGAACUGGGAGUCUCCCCACACGGUAAAGGGUGGAAACCAGGGGCUGGUGAGAUGGCUCAGUGGGUAAGAGCACCUGACUGCUCUUCCGAAGGUCCGAAGUUCAAAUCCCAGC